CGCAGUCACGCUGUCGGCGUCGGCGUCUUGGUUUGGCUAUUGGUUAGCUUUGAUCGCGUCGCGUGCGCCAGAGGAAAACCAACCACGAAGGCGUUCGGAUGCGCGUGUUCCGCGUCGCUGUCGGAAACUGCUGCUAGGAGCCUGUGCAAAUAAAAGUUCGUUCGGAUCAAGAUCAAGUUUGGUGACUUUUCCCUCGCGUGACAACCACGGAGAAGAUUCGCGAUCUUUGUGAUGGAAAAAUACCGGUGGUGGGUGAAAAUUCGCGUGUGACAACUGUCGGUUUCAAAGGAAGGGGCGGGUUGUGAACAGGGCGGUUUAAAUUGUGCAUCUAAUGUUCAACUUUGUAUAAUUCAAAGAAAAUUAACGGUCUCCCAGCAUGAAGAAAGUGCUCAAAUGAAACGCAAACAAGACUUUCGGAAGUGAGUUCACCAAACAACAAUCGACAGCAGCUGAAUGGAAUCGAAACAAUAUCACCCCGUGGGAAAAGUCGAAAUCAAAUAACGUAAUUACGGUUGGUGGCCUUCCGAAAUUGGGCAGAAGCUAAAUAAUUCGUUCAAAGCAGUGCUGGAAAAUCUUCACCACCGAGAAAAAUGAAGAUAUACAAACUGACCACGGGUUCGGCGCACAAGACAGCUGCUACCGGAAUGGAUCUAUUUAUACUUUUCGCAACGGCAGCGCUGCUUACUUUCACUGGAAACGCACACGCCGGCAACUUGGUCAAGCGCAGUCUGAAAAACACAGUUCCCUGCUUAGAGGAUGGACGAUUUUACAGGAAUCCAGAACGGCCCGCGCACAAAAUGUGGACCAACGUCGAGUGCGCCAAGUACUACCUAUGUCUCGAUGGGGAAGUGUUCGAAUUCAAAUGCUCCGUCGGGCUGCUGUUCGACGUGACCCGGCAGAUUUGCGACUUCAAGCAGAACGUGGACAACUGCGAGGUGACGGCCGAGGCCCGUGUUCCGAAACCGCUGCUAGAUGCCGCCCAAUGCGAGGAGCGGUCACAGCUGGGCUGCGGCGAUGGCACCUGCCUACCGAACGAGUACUUCUGCGAUGGAUCCAUCGAUUGUCCAGACGGGUCCGACGAAGGUUGGUGUGAUGUCGAGAACGAUCCGAACGCUGCAGAUCCGUGUGACCUUUCGGUUUGCGAACUACCGGACUGUUUCUGCUCCAAGGAUGGAACGAUCAUUCCUUCGCGUUUGGAGCGAACCCAAACGCCGCAGAUGAUCGUGCUGACCUUCGAUGAUGCGAUCAACUUUGAGAAUUGGGAACUCUACACGCAGAAGAUCUUCACACCCAAUCGGAAAAACCCUAAUGGAUGCCCAAUGCGAGCGACGUUCUUCAUCUCGCAUCAGUACACCAAUUACCAGCAGGUGCAGAAGAUGUGGAACGAUGGCCACGAGAUCGCCAUCCAUUCGAUCACCCAUCGAGGCCCGGAGGAGUGGUGGUCCCGAAAUGCCACCAUCGAGGACUGGUUCGACGAAAUGGUCGGCCAAGCGAACAUCAUCAACAAGUUCUCCAACGUACGGAUGGAAGAGCUCCGGGGAAUGCGGGUUCCGUUCCUUCGGGUCGGAUGGAACCGCCAAUUCCUGAUGAUGAAGGAGUUCGGAUUCGUGUACGAUUCGUCGAUGGUGGCACCGUUCUCCAAUCCACCCCUGUGGCCAUACACGCUGGACUACAAGAUGCCGCACGCCUGCAAUGGGAACAACCAGUACUGUCCGUCCCGGAGCUAUCCGGGCAUUUGGGAAAUGGUUAUGAAUCAGCUGGAGGCCGGCGAGUACACGUGCGGUAUGGUGGACACCUGCCCGCCGAACAUGAACGGAGAAGACGUGUACAAGAUGUUCGUGCACAACUUCAAGCGGCACUACCACACGAAUCGGGCCCCGUACGGAUUGUACUUCCACUCGACGUGGUUCCGGAAGCAGGAGUAUUUGGAGGCAUUUUUGCGCUUCCUGGACGACAUGCAGAAGCACCCGGACGUGUACUUCGUCACCAACAUCCAAGCGAUCGAGUGGAUCCGGAAUCCAACGCCGCUGAACCAGCUCGGCCACUUCGACCCGUGGUACUGCCAACCGAAGCAGCUGGACCCGAACGAGUUGGCCUGCAAUCUGCCCCGUACCUGCAAGCUGCACAGUCGAGUCCUGCAGCAGGACCGCUACCUGUUCACCUGCAACGAAUGUCCCGCCCAGUACCCCUGGAUAAGGAACGAGUUCGGUUUGGACUGAAUUGUGGCGGAAUCGACGGCGGAAACGACUGUGGUAGCAGUAUUGUUAAUUAUGCUUAACUUAAUGUCCCUUACGUGGGUUUUAGGCAGUAAGAAUCUCGCAUUUGAUUUGGCUUUCUUUUGAACGAAAAUUCGAAGAAAGAUUGAAAUAGCUUCUAAGUUUAUUGUUUCGUUAAAUUUAUUUGUUGCAAUAUUUAAAUUAUAGACUGCGUUAAAUCGUUUGUAAGGCUUACUUUUAGGUGCCAAAAAGAAAAUGCAGAUGCAGAAACAGUAGAAGUCGUUAUAGUUUGCAUAUGAUUACAGCUUAACUAACUCAUAUUUGGGUGAACCAUUGGAAUCAAGCAACUUAGUAAUUGCAGAAGUUGAUAUUGAAAAUUGUACAAAUUGAGUGAACUCAACAGAUUCUACUGGAACAGUUUCGUGAUCUGAAAGAAACAGAAAAAAUUACAGUAACUCAAACCCAUAUCCGUGCAGGAUGCUGUUUCAAUAUCAAGUUGGUAAAGAACUAUCGAAUGAUACAUACAAUUAGAAAUAUUUUUUAACUAGUGAAGGACAUAUAUUGACAAUCAUAAACUGUUUACAUUUACCUUCAUAUUAGUAAUAAUGGAGAA